UUAGAAAACCCACCAAAACACUUCGGGCCGGCUAAACACCCACACGCGGGUCGUUCUCGCGUCUCCGCACUCUGCGCCGUCGCCCGCCUCCGCCACCGCCCACCGUCGGCCGUCGGCCCCCGCCUCCCCGCCGUCUCCUCCAAUCUCAGGCCGCCCGCGACCUCUGCAAACCCGACGCGUGGCAACGGCGGAGUUGCCGUCCUCCAUGGCCGUCGGCCGCCCGCUCCACUCUCCGCCGCAGGGGCAGCGACCUAGCACCUUCGCCGGAAUUCUGGGCUUGAGUUUCCUGCGAAAACUCCGCCGUUGGUUGGUUCUUCUUAUCCUUGUGUCUGGUUUCCCAAGUCUACACUCAGGUAGAGGCAUCUGAUAUCUGGAUUCAACUCCUAGAGAGAGCCCAACGAAUCAAAACUGGAGGCUUGUCAAAAACUGCUUCGGCUCAGAAUGUUUCAUCUGAAGACAUCGAUGUUUUUGUUGCAUUAUGAUUUGAGGCUUGCCAAAAACUAGAGGAUUUGUAUUGUUUCAUCUGAAGUCUACGAAUCGAUGUACUUGCUUGCCUCAACUUCCAUGUACUGGUAUACUCCAACAUUCGCUUUUGAAAUCACUUUUGAAAAAAUAGACCGAGCUGAAGUUGUAAAAAUUAGAUUUUUUAUUACAGUUCCAUGUAUUGAUAUACUUCAGUUUGAAAACCCUUCUUACAAAACACUUGUGACAAACACUGGAAAUUGAGGGAAUUAAGGAAAUAAGUUUUUUUGGUGAUAGGGGUGUUUUCACUCAAAACACUAGGUAAAAAACUAGAAAGCACAUAAAAACCCCUGUGCCAAACAAAGCCUUAUCAUUUAAUUCUUUUUCUAUAUUAUUUCUUGUAAAUGUCUGAAGACAUGCAGUGGCUCCAGUAAAGCAGAAGGAAAGAUAAAAAGAAAGCCACGACCCACAAGUGCUGUGAUGCUUGAUACUUUCAUGCACAUAUUGUAUAAAUGUGUACAUUUCAACAAUUUAAAAUUGCAGUACUGAAGUUGUUGACCUGAAUGCAGUUUCUAGCUUUCUACUCUGUCAGUUGCAUCUAGAUAGAGAUAGAUAUGAAAAUGAUUUAAUUUGGAUAGAAAGAUGACAUAGCUUCAGUCUCCUACCUCAUGUGCUGCGGGGUGUUAAUAGUCCCGGCCUUACUUUUGGGUUCUCGAUUGGAUCUGAAAAUAUAACUAGUGCUUCAUGUAAAUAGUGGUUCUCGUACUGUAGUUUGUUUUGCAUGUGCGAUUCUCAAUUGGAUUCCGUACUGUAGAUUGUUUGCAUGUAGUUAACAAUAAGAGUUACGUUUAUGAUUUUGUAUAUGUAAUUUUAAUGUUAAGAGUUACUUUUAUGAUUUUGGUAGAUGUAGUUGCAAUAUUUUUGUGGAUAUAGCUUCACAUCUUAUUUCAAGUAAGAAUUAUUUUCACAUAUUAAAUAGUUGGAUCUGAAGUGGUUCAUGUAAAUCAUCAUGCGUAACUAUACUUGGUUGUAAUUAAUCCUGAGAGCUUUUGAAUUACCUAGGAAUUAAUCAAAGUAACUUCUAGACGAUCUGCUGUAGAUAAUCCCCGCUGCAUGUUUGUAAUUCUUGCAUAGUUGCUCCUUGGUUCAUGGAGAUCUGGUGGGACAAAGGAGGUGGUGGAGGGGAAGAGAAGUAGAAGGGGAAAGUUGGAGUAGAGUUUCUCAACUCUUCCCUCUUUCGGGCAGACAAAUCCACACGACACGCCCACCUACCCCUUCCUUUAUCUCUCUUUCUCUCUCAUUCUCUCCACCGUCCCCCAAGAUCUAGACUACCAAAACGGUCGCUCUAGGGCGUGCCCAUUCCUCGCACCGUGCUCACGCCCGGCUCAAGGGAGCCGCCGUGCUGGCCUUCCCUCGUUCCGCCUUGCACCACCGUGCCCGCCUCCCCUCGCGUUGCUGGUGGCCCUCUUCCUACGCUUUACCGUUGUGAGGCCACCGCCAUCAUUGACGGGAUCCGACAGAUUCAAGCCUGGUGUUCCGAGAUCUGGUGGAUCUCGACUGCGUCGACGAGAUCCGGAAGAUUCAAGACUGGCGUUCCGAGAUCCGGCGGAUCUCGACCUUCUUGACGAGAUCCGGCAGAUUCAAGCCCGGCGACCGGAUCUCAACUUCCUCCCUGCACUCCGUCAUUGCAGCGGAUCCCCCUCACGGCCGCACGCUCCGCCAUCGCUUGCCGCCGGCCGACGCACCAGCAGGAGGCUACCACAGCUCGCCACCAGGGCCAGGAGGCACUUCUUGUGUGUGGUUGUGCGUGCUGAUUUCGGUGGUUUCCUGUGACACCACGGGAAUCGAGGUGCUUGCUAGCAAGGAUGCCAGGUCUACCAUUACCUAGCGAUGAUGCAACGAAAAAUGGAGGUGGAUCCAGGUCUGCAGAUGAGACUUGUGAAAAGGAUACAAGAGUUGGACUGCUUCCAAAUGAGGAACUUUCACUUCAGGAAUACUGCAAGCCAGUUAUGCUUUAUGAAAUUUUUCAAGCAAGGGCUAUUGAAAAACCCCCUUGGCUUCAAAGAUGCCUUCGCUAUAGGAUAGACGCGAAACGGAAAACGAGGAGUUGGAUAACAGUAUCAAUUUCUAGAAACAGAAAUGAUGUAUUGCCAACACAGGGUAUAUUUCCACUUCACAUUUUAUAUGCCACACCAGCUAGUAACGUUUCGCAUGAAGGGCAUUCUCCAGUAUAUCAGUUCAGUCGGGCUUGUCCACUGACCUCUUUUAUUGAAUCUGGAGAUAGUGGCCAAGCUAAAGCCACAUUCUGUAUCCCUGGGUUGGAGAGUUUAGCAGACUCCAAAGAUAAUAUAAUCCUCAUUAGCUACGGCCAACGUGGACAAAAUCUUUGUGAGAAAUACCCAGAGACCCCUGUGCAGUAUUCUUCUUCUGAAAAGCUUGGAGGCAAAUGUUCCUGGGGUACAAUACCAAUUGAUUUACUCGUUUCAACUCUGGAGAAUUCCAUACCUUUCAGCUUGGGGCACACUGUUGAACUGACAAAAGAAAUUAGGAUGAGCCCAGGCUUCGUAGAGCAAACAUUUCUUGAGAAAAACAAUUGCUUGACAUUUUGUUAUCGUAAGACUGAUGCUACAGGUUCAUAUGGACUACAUGCAAGUAUAUAUGCGCAAGAGGCUGGUGCAAGAGGCUUAUCUCCUUACAGUUCUUACUCUGACGAUGAUGUUCCACUUUUUUCAUCACCACGUGUCAUAAGGAUAAGAACAGGAAAUGUGUCCUUUAUCUACAAAUGUAAGGAUAAGAAAUUUAUUGAUGUUACAGCAGAUUUUUCUUGCUCCAUUUGCUUAGUACGCUGUGGAAGCUUCAAGGGUUUGGAAUGCCAUUUAACCUCAUCGCAUGACCUACUAUUCCGCUUCGAAUUCUCGGCAUCUAAAGACUGCCAAGCUGUUAAUGUUAGUCUGAAGACUGUUGCCUUGGGACCAGAGCUCCUGCCUGCAGGGAUGGAUCCGAGAGAAAGAAUGUUUUUCUACCGCCGGUUUAAGAGGUGUAGAAGAUUAGAAGCGACAACUGAGAAGAUCAAACUUGUAGAUCCAAAUAUUAUGGAACCAGGAUCACCCAGAAAUAUGGGCCAUAUACACGCACAUAUUACGGAAUCAGGAUCGCCCGAAAAAGCCCAGAAGGAAUCUGAUGUGGACCAUGUCCCAAAGGAAAAUGAUCUCCCAAGCAGCAGAUAUGAAGACCACGCGGUGAAUGCUCAUAGGGAGGAGAGUCUUGGACAGCCCCAGACGAUCCUUGCAAGUGGGGCUUGCACCCAGCGAGGACCAGCUGAUGCCCAGGCGCUGCCAGCAAGCCCGGCUGAACGAGCAAUUGAAGAAAAGAUGACCACGUGUUUCCCUAAUACCAUCAGAACAAAGAGGACAGGAAUUUCGGUAGCACAACCUUCAAUUGAUCCUUCUCCUGCAUUACAUGGCCGCAAUCAUUUACCACCAUCAGUUCUCAAGUUUGGGAAGACAAGAAAGCUCCCAGUUGAUCAAGAUGAUCACCACAGAAACCGUCUACUUCUGCAAAAACGUGAGUUCUUCCAUUCUCAGAAGGCACAGAGAAUGGAACUAGAAGAAGUUUUGGGGGAUCAUGACAGUGAAAAGGAGAUUGAUUAUGACAUAGCGGACCUUGAAGAUAGAAGGUUGCUUGAUGAUUUUUCUGAUGUUCGAAAAGACGAGAAGCGUAUUAUGCAUAUGUGGAAUUCAUUUGUUCGGAGACAAAGGGUAGUUGCCGAUCGUCAUGUACCUUGGGCUUGUGAAGCAUUCUCCCGGCAUCAUGCACAAGAACUUGUGGACGACCCUGAUCUACGAUGGUGCUGGAGACUUCUCAUGAUAGAACUCUGGAAGCACGGUUUACUAAAUGGCCGCACCAUGGAUAGCUGCAACGUUUUUCUCGACAACUUCAAGAAAGAAAGCACCGACCCCAAGGAACCAUAAAUGUUCGUGGAAAACAUUGGCAAACUUGAUUUGUAGGAAAUAUUGGCAAAACCGAGUAGUAGACGCCGCUCAGCAGAGUUUAACUUUAAUUUCCUUGUCCGUCCGGAUGCACUCAUCUGGAUCUCUAUGUUGCAUUCUGGAAUUGUGGUUCUUUGCGGUAUCAAAUGACUGGAUGUUUUUCUUUUUUCCGUUGAAGAAGAGUAACUACUAGGCAGUAGUAUAUUUUUCAUAAC